AUGCCUCCAAUUUGGCCGUUCGGGAACUCCUCCGACAUUCCAGGAACGACCGUUGCCGGACUCUAUGUCCGGGAUGAGAACAUCGCCGAUACACUAUCUUCCAUCGACCCUAAUACCCACCACCACCUCCUCCUCCCACGUGCAGACUCAGCAAAAGAGACGACCAAGCCAAAAUAUGGCCAAGGCACGGUCGACCCGCACAGCAUCAAGAUGCAAGGCCUAAUGGCCUUGUUUGCUAUUAUUGGACUGGCGUUUGUCCUCGGAGGAAUCUGGUUCUUCUUCUGGGCCAAGAAUGGCGGAUUCAUCUGGCGCAAGGGCGACUGGGAUGACUACAAGUCCACUGUUCUGCGACGAAAGGGACCCGACGGAAAGACACUUAGUAAUGCCACAGCGAGUACCAAGCUCGGUGGUGGAAGUGUUGUCGGAAAGGGCUACACCGACGAUGGAUACUCGUUUACAGAAGGAUCAUAUACCGACACAGGGACGACUGUUACAGAGGAGAAGUCACGGCGCAAGAGGUUCAGAGAAACCGCUAAAGAAAAGCUCCUCCGACGCAACAAGCACGAGCAAUGGGAAGGCGCAGACGAUGCCGACGUACGCGCCUACCGAGAAGAGAAGCCCGCUCGCGUUGGCGGCAUGAACCGUGAAGCCGACGGAACCUACCACGGCAGCGACUACGACACCUCUGCUCCGCCUACCUCUUACUACCAAAGCGAGAUGAGCCAAUCAUAUGAUUUUGCCUACGAGCAGCCACGCCCUCAGCGCCGCGAUCCCUCCGGUUUCUCGUUCACCCAAGGCAGCGAGGAUGUUAUCAGCCAAGUCACCGAAGAGCCUCGAGUUCGCGACCCAUCCACCCGCCGCCACAACCGUCGUCGUGAACGUCGCAGCGAGAUUGCCCCAUCUGGCCCACCUCCAGCACCUUCAUCUCGUACUAGCAGCCCCCGCAAGCAACGUGAGCGCCGCUCCGCGCCCCAGGGCCAUUUCACUGAACCCCUGGAUUUCUCAUCUGCGGGCUCCCGUUCCGAGUACCAAUACUCCAACGUUGACACCGAGGAUUCUGGUACCAAGAGCUACAAGCAUCCGAUUCCGGGCUUGACGAAGGGAUACCGCCGUGAUGGGCGGAGCCGUCGUCGCGAUAGUCUGAGUGAUAGUGAGGGCGAGACACAGUACUCUUGA